CCCACAGAUUUCUUUGCUUGCCAAAUAGUUUUUUCUCUAUUACAAUACUAUAAUGUCAAAACAUGGCUACGUAACUGGUUACUGAAUCCACGAUUAAUGUCUCUGACAACAACGGUGAUUGAUUAGAAAUCUACAAAGAAAUUCAAUGAUUUAGACUAAAUUACGUGAUUUAGACUAAAAUACGUGCAUUAAGUAAUACAAAUCCAAUGUAACCGUAAGACUGCUUUUACUACAUUUGCCCAAUAAUAUACAUCGCUAGGGUGUAAUAAAAUAGUAUAAAUAUUAUUAAUGGUUGGUUGAAAGUGUUGAGAGCCGGCCACAGAAUGCAACAAAGUAUAAUACUAUAAAGCAAUUAGCUUUGGUGCUUUCAGUAGACACAAACCAUUCACCAUCAACCCCAAAAACAAUUGUGUUGCUUGCUUCUUAUAUUGAAGCUUUUUUUUAUUUCUUUUAUGGAGAUAGAAUCUGUGAGAUGCGAGUGUUGCGGAUUGAUGGAAGACUGCACACAAGCGUACAUUAGUGAAGUCAAAUCUAACUUUGACAACAAAUGGCUCUGUGGUCUCUGCUCAGAGGCCGUGAGAGAGGAAGUGAGUCGCCGGAAGAUGACUACCAUUGAUGAAGCUGUUAGGGCUCACAUGUCCUUUUGUGGGAAGUUUAAAGAUAAUCCGGCGGUUCUUGUCGCCGACGGUAUGAGGCAGAUGCUAAGGAGGAGAUCCAGCGACUUGACUUCCUCUGCUUCCAAGAAAGUUGGCAGAUCUAACUCCACCAAGCUGUACUAGUUAAUUAUCUUUUUUUUUGUUUUGUUAAUUAAUUAAUGCAUAAUAAAUAUUUGAUGCUUUUUGUUUUUGUUUAAUGUCAUAACCGAUGGUCGAUGAGGCUUAUAACUAAUCAAUUGAUUAUA